CCACCCACCCCCUUGUCUAUAGCUCGUUCUAUUUUGAAGGAUUUAUGCGCGUCUUUAUCUUUUCAUUUAAUCAUCCAAGUCAAACAGUGAUUGGUCGCUAAACUCUUUAGGGCCUAUAGUCUCUUGGAAAGUGACCGGAAUAAUCGGCGUUAAGUGGUCUACGUAUCGUUGUGGUUGAUGUUAACUGGAUUUUUAAAAAGUCAAUCGGGUCUACUCUGUGUCGAAAUCAGAUCUGUUCAAAAUCAGUCAGCCGCAAUGUGUACACUUUAGCUGUAUAUCAAUGGUAGGAAACUUCACAGGUUACUGCAUGUAUGUCGAUGUUCAGAAUCCAGAGAUUGAAAACAGAAUUCACGAAUUGAAAGAGAGCGUUUAGAAAUACUUCUUUCAACUGAGAAACUAGACAUCCUGCACGCCUACCACCAGAACCAGUCAGAAUAAUGGAGAGAUGGGUUGGACGAGUUGCCUUGGUAACAGGAGCAUCUGUUGGUAUUGGAGCAGCAAUUACUAGAGCCCUUGUAAGACAUGGGAUGAUUGUUGUCGCCUGUGCUCGGGGAGUGGAAAAAAUACAGGCAAUAAAAUGUGAGCUUGAAGCUGAGUCUGCGUCUGGUAAACUUCAUCCAAUCCAAUGCGAUCUUAGAAAGAAAGAUGAGAUAGCAGCCAUGUUUGAAGAGAUCAAGAAGGAGUUUAGGGUAGUUCAUGUCUGUAUUAAUAACGCAGCCGUUGCCUACGGUGCUAAACUUGUCACGGGUGAUCCAGACGACUGGCAAGAACCAUUAGAUGUAAAUGUCAUGGCUCUCUGUAUAUGCACUCAAAAUUCAAUAAAACUAAUGCUGGAUAAUGAGGUGAAUGAUGGACAGAUUAUACACAUUAAUAGCAUUUCUGGUCACAAGGUAGUAGGUGACCGGUUCUAUUGUGGAACCAAGCACAUGGUGACAGCUUUGACAGAAGGCUUGAGAACUGAACUGAGAGCAAUGAAAAGCCACAUCAGAGUCUGCAGUAUCUCACCCGGUGUGGUAAAGACCGAAAUGGCAGCAAGGAAAGCACGUCAAGAUCCUGCAGAGUGUACAUUCUACGACACACAUCCAGUGGAGUAUCAAAGCAGAAGAUGUCGCCAAUCAGGUCAUUCACGUUCUACAGCAACCUUCUUAUCUUCAGAUCCAUGAAAUAUUGCUUCGACCAAUCGAGCAAAAGAUAUAGAAGACUCAAACCUACAACAUCCAGCAAGCAAGAUAAUUUUGAAUGGUGAAUUGUCUUGUCAUAGACGAGAUAAAGCUAUAACCAUUGCCAUCAACCCAAUCAUCAACCCAUGGUCCUACUACUCUGAGUAGGUCCAUGAUCAACCCAACCAUUUUUGCCAAUAUUAGCCAGUGGUGUAGUGGUAAAUAUUUGCUAGCUCCAUCCUCAAAGCACCAACGACUACGCGCUACGUGCGCCGUGUUGGCAGCAUAGAACUUUGCGUGGUGGUUAUUCACAAACACAUGAACACAAGAAUGAAUGUGAAUUGUAUGUAAUAAACAUUAUUCUUUCGGGUUUUUUCCGAAAUCAUAAGAACACAUUUGCAUAUAUGUAAUGGUAAUAAAUAUAUAUUUAUAAUUUCUUAUUUAUCGCUUAACAUCUACUUUAUCAGAAAUUUCUUAGUGCUCUACAGUAAUGCAGCACAAUUACUGUGGCUUUAUCAGAACAGUUGUUACGCGCUCUGCGUUUCAAGGAACCUCAUCACAAUUACGGUGUUUAAGGUCCUGUCACAUCGUUCCGUGUAAGCCUUGCACGCA